GAAUCUCCACCGCCGAUUAGCGCGGCUGGCUAUAUGUACGGCGCGAAAGAAAUUCAACACGCAUACGUACUUACAACCGGGCGACCUGUGCCAUCGCAAGUCCGCGGCGCUACCCCAUGACACCAGGCGCAACAACAACAACAACGCGGGAAACACGGUAAACAACAACAACGACGCGCAGAGGCGGGCGGGCGGGCGGGCAGGCGGGCGUACGGACGCUCCUCUCUCUCCGUCUCGAGCCUCUGCGGCGCGGCUGACCAGGAGUGAGCCCGACUGCUCUCCAGACCUCGCGCAAACGCAACCGAGGAGAAGGAGGAAAGAGGAAGGAGCUACCGGCGCGCGGAGCGAAACGUCGCGUGUCGUGCCGCUGCCCGGCAGGGAAGGAAACGCCCCGGGGAGAACCGCGUUGCUUUCGUUCCUACCGCGGGGGUCAGACGGAGCUCAGCUGGACUACUGCCGCUGGUUCUGCCCAAGGCUGACCGCUUGGAUUGCUGCGCACCGUCGCUCCACCUCCUCCUCCACAUCGUCGUCCUCGCCGUCCUCGCCCCGUGAACGCGGCGCCCGGCGCGGUCCGACCGUCCGGCCACGAUGGAGGCCUUCCCCACCGGCCGGUUCGUCGCAGUAGUGGCGGUGGCGAUGGCGGCUCUGCUGUGCGAGCGUCACCACCCCCUCGCCGUGACCCUGCCUCUUGACCCCCAAAUCAUGAAAGAGGUUAAGCAGCCUCCGUCCAUCACCCGGCAGUCGCCGGUGGAUUACAUCGUGGACCCACGGGACAACAUCGUGGUGGAGUGCGAGGGCCAAGGCAACCCAACGCCCAAGUUUCAGUGGCGCAAGGACGGGCGGCGGUUUGACCCGGACGACGACCCCUACGUGAGCUGGCACGAGGGCUCGGGCACCAUCACCAUCGACAUGGUGGCGGCCGGCAUCGCCGAGGCCUACGAGGGCAUCUACCAGUGCUCGGCGGAGAACGAGGGCGGCACGGCGCUCUCUGAGAACAUCACCGUGCGGCUAUCACGUGCCCCCCUGUGGCCCCGUGAGAACCUGGAGCCUGUCGUGGCGAUGGAGGGCUCCUCCGCCGUACUGCCCUGCAACCCGCCCGAUGGGCUUCCCCCUCCCAUCAUCUUCUGGAUGGACGGUUCCAUGGAGAGGGUCCCGCAGGACUCGCGCGUGUCGCAGGGCCUCAACGGCAACCUGUACUUCGCCAACGUGCUCCCGACGGACGGCAAGGACGACUACGUGUGCUACGCGCGCUUCACGCACACGCAGACCAUCCAGCAGAAGCAGCCGCUCAAGCUGAUCGUCAGGCCGAAACGUCCGUCGAAGAGCCGCCCGUCGUUCCUGGAACCUGCGGGCACAACGAGCAGCAAGCUGGUGCUCCGCGGAGACACACUGCUGCUGGAGUGCAUCGCACAGGGCCUCCCCACGCCGGAGCUCCAGUGGAGCAAGCUGGGCGGGGAGAUAACGCGGGAUCGCGUCACCUUCGACAACUUCAACAAGACGCUGUCGAUCCACGACGUGUCGGAGGCCGACAGCGGCAGCUAUCAGUGCCGCGCCACGAACAGCGAGGGCAAAGCGCUGCACACCGUCACGGUCACCGUGGAAGCGAAGCCGUACUGGAUCCCUCCGGUCCCGGAGAGCCGCGUCUACUCCCCGCGGGACAACGCGCAGCUCGUGUGCCGCGCGCACGGAACCCCGAAACCGCUCAUCCGCUGGCUCAUCAACGGCGCUCCCAUUGAAGAGUCCCCCGCGGACCCGGGGCGCCGCGUGGACGGCGACACGGUGAUGCUGAACGAGCUGGGCGUGGGCGGAAGCGCCGUCUACCAGUGCGAGGCCUCCAACCGGCACGGCACCAUCCUCGCCAACGCCUACGUCAGCGUGCUGGCCGUGCCCCCACGGAUGCUGACGGAGCCGGACAGGCUGUACAUGACGAGAGAAAAGCAGGUCGUGUACAUCGAGUGCAAGGUGUUUGCGUCGCCACGCCCCAACAUCCUGUGGUUUAAGGGCGUGGAGGGUAGCCAGCUGCAGGGCGCACGCUACCGCACCUUCGAGAACGGCACGCUGCGCAUCUCGGACGUGCGGCGCACGGACGCCGGCACCUACACGUGCGUCGCGAGCAACGACCUGCGCUCCAACCAGGUCCAGGCGCGCCUCUCCGUCAAAGAGGCGACGCAGAUCUCGGGCCUCCCGAAAACGCUGAGCGCUCGCAAGGGCAGCGACGUGCGCUUGGAGUGCGUCGUGCGGCACGACCCCAGCCUGGAGGUCACCGUGUUGUGGCGCCGCAACGGCGCCGUGCUGCCCUACGAGAGCAGGUAUCGGGUGAAUGGUUCGAUCCUCGUCAUCGCGAGCGUGCGGGAGGCGGACGAGGCGAGGUUCACGUGCACCGCGACGACGGGCACCGACUCCGACUCCGCGGGCACCUCCCUCCGCGUCCUGGACCGACCAGACGCCCCGACCGACCUCCGUCUGAGUGAGCGUCAGGACCGCAGCGUUCAUCUGGAGUGGGCCAAGGGGAGCAGCCACAACUCCCCAAUUACAGAAUUCCUCGUGGAGUUUGAGGACGAGCGGUUCGACCCGGGCACGUGGAAGGAGCUGACUCGCGUCAGCGGCAACCGCAGCUCGGCGGAGCUGCGUCUCUCGCCGUACAUGGACUACCGCUUCCGCGUGACGGCGGCCAACGAGGUGGGAGAGAGCCCGCCCAGCGUCCCCUCCGAGUCCCACACCACCGGUCCAGCCGCGCCGGACAUGAACCCGACGGGAGUGAAGGGCGAGGGCACGCAGCCCAACAACAUGAUCAUCUCCUGGACGCCGCUGUCGGGCGCCGACAGCAACGGCCCGGGGCUGCACUACCUCGUCGGGUGGCGCGUGCGCGGCGCGGGCGGCGACGGCGACGGCGGCGGCGCGUGGACCGACACGCUGGUGAUGGAAGCGGCACGCUACGCCGUGCAGCACACGCCCACCUUCACCGCGUACGAGCUGCGCGUGCGCGCCGUCAACGACGCCGGCGAGGGUCCCGAGCCUCGCGUCGUCAUCGGAUACUCCGGCGAGGACUCUCCCUUGGAGGCACCGGGCAAAGUGGACGUCGAGGUCCUGAACAGCACAUUUGUCCGCGUGUCUUGGGAGCCGGUGACAGAGGCCUCCGUGCGUGGCCACCUUAAGGGCUACAAGGUGUUCUACUGGAAGGUGCGAGAGCUCCUAGGCCACCCCACUCAGGAGCAGCAGCAGCAGCAGCGGCGCCGGCGGCGCCGGCGGCGUUCUGACCGCCGCUUCCUGGUGUUCGCGCCCGACCGGCGGCACGGCGUCGUACCGGGACUCGAGCCGUUCAGCUCCUACGAGCUGGACGUGCGCGUGUCAAACGGGCGCAGCGACGGGCCGCCCAGCCCCGCACGCUCCUUCCAGACGCCCGAGGGCCUUCCGUCCAAGCCCGAGUUCCUGCGCAUUCAGAGCAUCACGUUCAACUCGGCCACGCUCGUGUGGGCCCCCCCUCUGCAGCCGCACGGUGUCAUCACCGGCUACGUGCUGCACUACCAGAGCAUCAACGGCAGCGGCCCGGAGCUGGGACCGCCGGCGCGCGUGGAGCUGACGCGGCCCAACGUGACGUCGCACACGCUGGACGGGCUCCGGCGCAACACACGCUACCGCUUCGGCGUGAGCGCGCGUACCCGCGCCGGCGAGGGCGGCACCGCCGACGAGGAGGGAUCCACCGACCUCGACGUGGCUCCGGCCUGGAUGGACCCCGUUGUGGCCGGCGUGGGCGAGAAUUUUGUAAACCUGAGUCUCGCGGCCGCCCCCGGCGGACGGUCGGCCGACGUGCGUUACAUUGAGUACGCGCCAGCCGAGAGCGACGGCGGCUGGGUUAGAGUCCUGGUAUCUCCCGGGCAGAUGUUCGCCGUGAUCUCGGGCCUCGAGCCCGGCACCGCGUACCGCCUGCGCUGCUCGGUCGAUACGACGCCCGGCGGCGUUAGUUACGGCGGCGAGGUGCCCGUUGAGACGAUGAGCACAGCAGAGGUGGCGAGCGCGCAGCUGACGAUCGCCACGGAGGGCUGGUUCAUCGGCAUCAUGUGCGCCGUGGCGCUGCUCGUGCUGGUGCUGCUCGUCGUGUGCUUCGUGCGACGCAGCAAGGGCGGCAAGUACCCGGUGAAAGAGCGAGAGUGCGCCUACCCGGACCCUGAGAAUCAGCAAAUGAGAGAGAACAUCUUUGCCGAGUGCAGAAUACGGAGACGCGACAACGAAAACAAACCACUGCAGGGUGGCUCGUCCGGGAGCAGCGACAGCGUGCGCUCCGGGGGGCGCCACGGCGCCGGCGCCAGCGAUGCCGACACCCAGGUGCCCUUCAACGAGGACGGCUCCUUCAUCGGGAAGUACGCGACGGCGACCGAGACCGCGGCUGCCGCGGCGACAACGGCGGUGGCGGCCAACGGAGGAGGCGGACGACGAGAGAACGGACACGCGCGGACGCGGAGAGGCUCGGAGGCCGACGACGCCUGCUGAAGCCGUCGCGGCAAGGGGGGGGUCAGGGACCGACGGAGGGAGAUAAAAACACACGGAACGCAAACAUAGAGAUAUGUAAAACACGAAUAUAACUUAAAGCGAGUCCACCGUGCCGUGCGGGUGGGUCGUGGUUAACAGAUGAGAGUUGGCAAAAUUGCAUUUGGGUAACGAAGAUAAGACCGUGACGGUAAUAAAUUCGGUACGAUCACAAGGGGCAACUGACGCCGCACUAGGCCUCGGCAAGGUAAUGUAAUUUACCCUUUUUACCAAGGGGUAAGGUAAAGGUAGCGCGAAGUAUUACCAGGUAAACACCUUGUUUACUGCUCACUGAAAGCACCGUGGCGCAGUCCGUGGCCUCCAUUUUAAAUUGGAAUCAUCGAGAGUAUUCUUUAUGAAUAAAGCGCUCUACCUAGCAUUUACCUGUUAUAAACCUCGUUCAUGUGUAGUACCCCAGUAAUUGCCCUGUAAACGGGUAUUUUGUAUGGGGUAAGGGUAAAAGGUGGGGUAAAGGUAGGCUCGUUGUUUUGACCUUUUAGCUUACCUUGCCGAGGCCUACGCCGCACGUAGGCGUACGUACGCACGUGUGUGCGCGUGUGCAAGCACGUGAUUGGUAACCACACACGCCAGCGAGGGCCAUCGUAUUAUUCUCAUGAUUUAUAAGGCGCUAAUUUUUCCCUACUUUAUUUUAAAGCAAAAGUUGGGAGUGCAUCUUGUAACCUGGUCGGUGUGUGUGUGUUUGACCAGAUUUGCACAACUUUAUUGACAACCGGGCGUACGUUUUGUGGGGUGCGUCUAUUACUUAACGGAGCAUCUUAUAAUCAAGAGAAUAUGUUAAUUCAACUUAAAAGAGUGUUUUUUGGCUUAUGCUUUGACGUCGUCGCGUAUCCAGCAGUUUGGGGGUCACGUUUGAGGUCGCCCGUCUCACUGCUGAGCUUUAUGGCACCCGCGGAAAGUUUUAUGACCGCCAAGUGCUUCAGUUUGUUUUUUUACUUUCAGUAUCGAGUCGACGUAUUCAUUCGCAUUCAUGUUAUUAUCAUUGCUGUUAUUGUUGCUGUUGUUUUUCAACGUUUGGAGUCUUGAGCGCUGCACGCACGGUCGAGAGAGCGAAUUUACGCGAGAGUUCGCUUUUGUUUUGAAAUCGUUAAUGUUUACAGCGGUUUUUUGGGGGGGGGGCUUUAGUCGCACCCCCAUAAAGUUGCAAUGGCUCAUGGGUAAGUGAAAGAAUUAUGGGAAACUGAGAGAUGUUUGGAGGAAAAAAAAUUGGCUAGGGUAGGGACUUUUAAAAUUGUGAGAAAGAUUUAAAGAAAACAUUUUAUUUUUGCGUCUGUAUAAAAACCGCAACUAGCAUGGGAGUCGCCGCUACCUGGUUGAGAUUUUAAAUUAGCGGUAACAUUACAUGUUUUUCCAAAGCUAGUGGAGGUUUAAAAGGACUCGCGUCAUCAGCGUUAAAAAGGGUGUUCACUGUUGCUGAAACAAACGGGGGGGGGGGGGGGGAACAAGAUUCUAACAAUCCCAUUUGCAGGCCGAAUCCAAGUGUGGCAAAACCAGGCCAUGAAAUUAGAAAUUCCAAGUGCUUGAGCCUCCCACGGGGAAUUGUCUCAGCGGGUUUACCCAUCAUCAGGCGCAUCCAAGUGUAUCGCAUCGUAAGCCACCGACGACGCUUGAAUGGGAAGUGAUGGUGAAACGCGGAAAGACGGAUCAUGGGGUGUAACGAGGACAUGGGCGGUUUGCAACUGGCAGCGUUUGCACCCCAUGAGUUUGUGUUCUCAUCUUUUCCUCCUUCGCCUCCCUCCUUUUCCACAGCCCAGUCCUGUGGCGAGACUCUCGCUAAUUAAAUUCCUCGUUUCACAUCGCUCGCGGUGCCCCAUGCCAUAGUGUGAUGGUUAGCACACUACACUGGCAAUGCAGAGAUCGCCGAUUCAACUCGGCAGGCGAAACAACGGGGCAAAUUUCUUACAUCCUCUGCCUCCCCCUCCCCACAUCCCUGCCUCCUGCGCCCAACCAGAAUUAUAUGAAUGGGUGCACCACAGUUGGUCAAUCGGCAGGUGGCAUGUGCUGGGGGUAAAAAUAUGGGCACUCCUACCUCUUCCAAGAUGUCUGGCCUGCGUGGAAGAGUAGGCCAAAGUGCAGUUUCGAGGCAGCGCUAAUGAUUAAAUGGGUGCGAGGUUUUUUGCUGUUGUUCAAAUGGCUAUUUGGUUGUGCACCACUGCCGUUGCACAUUGCAAUCAACAACUUGGUAAUGUUGCUUCUGAACCUGGGAUUCAAUUCAAGCAAUGGGCACGGGGCUGCCUGCCUGCCUGCCUGGAUGUAACGUUCAUCAAUUAACACAUUCUUAACACAUUCACUCCCGUUCGUUUCACCUCAGCAGAGUGCCUGCUUUUUUAAUUUGACAGCAUUCAAAUGUAAACGAGAAAGAAUAAGUAUUCGUUUUAAGCGAUUUUUUUUUAAUUGUGCGCACAGAUGUCCACGCAGCCUCACAUCAGGUUUCAUCACAAGUUAGAUCGUCACAGAGCCCCGUUUCACGCCGCUGCUGGAUGAAGGCCUCCCCAUGCUGCGUCAGUCGCGGCGGUUGUCAGACCAAACUUGGCCAUGCCGGUUCGCGGCAAGCCGGUGGAUCGUACUUUGUUCGCCGCGACUCACGCAGCGGAACUUUUCCUCUUCGCCCACCGCUCCACGCCGAGAUGCAAAACCUUCAGAAGACAUCUCUCGAUUUAAAGCUUUCGUGACUGCAGGGAUUCAUCUUCUUGGUUCUUUCGGUAAAGUCACGUAGAAGGGAAAUAAUAAAAUAAUAAAAAUAUAACAUAAUACAAUUAUUUUAAUACAUAAUAUUUAAAAAACAUAAUUAAAUUAUUUGAUUAUGUUUUAUUUUUAUUAUUUUAUUAUUUCCCUUCUACGUGACUUUACCGAAAGAACCAAGAAGAAGACAUCUCUCUUCCGCCGGCAGAGACAAUUUAUUUUUGGUCCAAACUUUCGGAGCCUUUACCAAAGGGCGCUUUACCGGCGUGUAAAGAGUGGUCAAAUAGCCCUCACGACCGACAUCCCACACGGGGAGGUGUCCUCGCCCAUGAUCUAUCGCUACGUGUUGCAGAUUUGGAAUGAAUCGCUAAUUGUGCGAUUACUGGAGUGGCGUCAAGAGACGAUCGCGCAUCCUUCCAAAAGCCAGUCAGCACAGCGUCAAAAAGUGUUAAAACAACCGUACCUCCGAUGCGGCCAAAUACAAGAGGCUUGUUGUGUCAAUUGAGCACCUAGAGCAGGGCCGGUUGGGAACGCUACCUCCUGCGGCAGUUGAGCCACACUGACAUCUGUGCGUACAAUACCCCUUAACUGUGUUUUAUUAUUUUCACCGACAAGUUGUUGGUAUAGGGUGACAAAACAUUUUGAGCUGUGUCAGCGCCGUUAACGCGGCCGCAAAUGUAUGUCAAGUGCGUCAGCAGCGUCUUGUAACCUCUUGUAAAUAUUAUUUUGACGAUAUGCCGCAUUCGAGUACCCGUGCCCUGUCGAGAACGUGUGGCUUUAUCACAAUUGGUGUUUGUACAUUUGAAACAUGCUGUAUCGGUAAACGCGAAAACCACGGGUUUAAUUUACAAAAAAGGUUCAUAAUAUAUACAUUAUCCAAAAAAAUACGGAUAUUAAUAUUUCCUGUACAUAUAUUUGUGUUUCUAAUGUAUAAAGAUGCAUGGUUUUUUUUG